AUGUCAGAAUCAAACGCAAUUGCAAAUGGAUUGGCUGGUGCAGGAGGUGGAAUCAUUGCUCAAAUCAUAACUUAUCCUCUUCAAACGGUAAAUACGCGCCAGCAAACUGAGAGAACACUCAAGAGGACCAGGCAAAGUUUUCCCUCCAACUCAGCCACUGCUCCUGGCAUUCUUUUUCAGAUGUUUCAGGUCGUUAGAUAUGAGGGUUGGGGUGGACUCUAUAGUGGCCUCAAGCCUUCUCUUCUUGGAACUGCUGCUUCUCAGGGAAUUUACUACUAUUUCUAUCAAGUUUUCAAGAACAAGGCAGUGGCGAUUGCGGCUGCACGGAAAUUGAAAGGGCGUGGAGAUGGUACUGUUGGGAUGUUUGGUUGGCUUGUUGUGGCUGCAAUUGCUGGGUCCUUGAAUGUGUUGUUGACAAAUCCGAUAUGGGUUUUAGUGACUCGAAUGCAGACUCAUACUCAAGCAGAAAGGAAAAUUGUGGAGAAAAAGAAAGAAGCUUUAAGGAAGGCUGCUUCUGAAAGAACCAUAGCAGACCCAACAUUGCAAGAUAAAUUGAAUGAACUGAAUUCUAUAAAACCUCGCCCAUAUGGAACAAUACAUGCAGCUAAUGAAGUCUACAAUGAAGCGGGUACAGUAGGAUUUUGGAAGGGUGUGAUCCCUGCCCUUAUUAUGGUAUGCAAUCCAUCAAUCCAGUUUAUGAUUUAUGAAAGCUCAUUAAAGCAUCUAAGGGCAAAACGUGCAGCUAAGAAGCAUGAGGAUACAAGUAUAUCUGCUUUGGAGGUCUUUUUGGUGGGAGCAAUAGCUAAACUUGGAGCCACUGUCGCGACAUAUCCAUUACUAGUUGUGAAGUCAAGGCUUCAAGCAAAACAGGAGAUUGGUGGAAGUAGCUCAUUUAGAUACUCAGGUACUUUUGAUGCUCUGCUUAAAAUGAUCCGUUACGAAGGACUACCUGGCUUCUAUAAGGGGAUGAGCACAAAGAUAGUGCAAAGUGUUUUUGCAGCUUCUGUUCUGUUCAUGAUCAAAGAGGAGCUUGUAAAGGCCAUUAUGGUUCUAGCAAAUAAGACCAAAAGCAUCAAAUUUGAGUAG